AGAUGAUCGAAGUUCAAAGGAUUAUAUGGUGUCUACUUUUUACCGCUGUGUCAGAGGUAGAGCCCUCUCAUUUCAGGGGUGCAAUUAUCACGUGGAAGCCAGGAGAAAAUGAGAAUGAGGUUAUCAUCGAUUUCCGUAUAUCAUGGCGUAUGUCUGAUAACCGAGCGUUCAAGUGUGAUGAUGACGUCAUUGCUAAUGGUACAAUCAUUGGUGGAGGCGAUAUUGUGUGUGACGGCAACUGUUAUGGUAUAAUUGGCCAACUUUUCUACAGAUGUACUGAUUACAGCAUAAGUGAAGACUGGUCGUCUGGCAGAGGAAGAAUCACAGAGACCAUUAAUCCAUUGGAUAUUUUUAAACCAAUCAGAUUUGUCUUUACUGGGAACGCUUGGAUUUCUACCCUGAACAAUGGUGGGGGUGAUUGGAAUUUAAGAGUCACAGCUUUCCUGAUUGCGAGGAACGAUACAAACACCAUCAAUUCCUCGCCGACAGCCGAAAUAGCCCCUAUAGUGAGGCUGCAGUCUGGAUGUAAUCACACCAUUACUGUUCCAGUUGGAGAUAUAGACGGCGACAUUGUACGAUGUAGAUGGGCAGACACUCCAGAGGAAUGCGGUGGAGUUUGCAACGGUCUACCAAAUGCGGAAUUAGAUAACGUAACAUGCUCGAUAACUUACAGUACAAUUUAUGAGACGGGCUGGUAUGCUGUUGCAAUACAAGUUGAGGACUUUGCAACCUUCUCUUCGGUGAAUGCGCUCAGCAGUAUUCCCGUACAAUUCCUGGUUUUUGUCUACACAGCAAACGAAAACGAAACAUGUGGGCAGUAUAUGGUGUUCAUAAAUCCAACACCACCGGACGAUGCGUGUAUAGGUAUUCCAAAGGGACAUGUGUACAGCUCCGCUAUUGCAGUCAAAAUGGCACAUUCGGACAGAAGCAUAAGUGAAAUUAAAACAACGUCUCCACUUGGAAUGACAAAAUCACGUUUGUACCAGAUUUCGCCUUCCGAAUGGGCUGUAAAUAUCACAUAUUCACCAACCAAUGAGAGUGGCGUUUCAAAUGUCUUCUGUUUUAACGCGAAAGAAUCAUCAGGGUUGGAGGGCCCCAAAAGAUGUGUCACUCUUUUGACUGGAGUCACCCCUCCUGCAAUUGUUGAAGGAUCACAAUCACCUACAAGCGCGGUUAACCCAGAUCAGAGAACAUGGUCGCUUGUUUUGAAUUCUACGGAGUUUACCCGCGGCACUCGUCAAUCGUUCAUCAAUUUGUUUAGUGACAACAAUACCCUCAUGGAAAGUAUUCCUGCCUCCAAUAGAGAGAGGGUUUUCCUCGACCAGAAUAACAGAACUCUCACGUUCUUCACCACAACUAGUUUAAUGGAAAAACAAACCUACUACUUCACCUUUGAUUUUGGUAUUGUAAAAGGAGUGACUCACUGUGGGGCAGAAUCCCCAGCCAUUGACAAUCAUUCCUUCUGGAGAAUAACAAUACGUGAUAUCACGCCUCCGAGGAUAAUAUUGAAUUCACCAUCUGUAUCAAACUCGACUGGAUAUGUACUGUGGAAUAUAAACGAAGAAGUUUUGUCUGUGAUCUGCAAACUAACACGACCAAAUGUGUCAAUAGAAACAGUGUUCCCAUGUCAAAGUCCAUGGGAAGAACAUAUGCUUGACGAGGGUGUGUAUAUUUUCUCCAUGACUGCAACAGAUUUAGAGGGUAACUCUGCAACAGAGAAACAUGCUUGGACUGUCGAUACAACACCACCGGUUUUAACCAUGCAGAGGACUCCACCAACGAUCAGUAAUUCGACUAGGGCAAAUUUUCAGUGGACCUGCACGUAUCCCUGCACCGUUGCCUGCAAUGUUAUGACAGAUAAUCAGACGUAUCAGGUGAACUGCAAUAUUCAAGGAGUAGUUUGGAGGUUACCGUCCAUGGAUUCAAAUGUCACUUACAUUCUCGACAUAUCUGCAAUGGACACUGUUGGCAAUGAGAUUCGAGUACAAUACAGCUGGAUAACAGAUUUCGGGAAACCAAAUAUCACUUUUUGUGAUAAAGAGAGAAGCUCUAAAAGAUUAGCUGAUGUGUUACACAACGGUGACAUGGACAAACAACAUAAUUAUACAGUAUCAAGGGCAGUCAACAUUCCAGAAUUUAUAACCGGAGAUUAUUUCAUCCUUGUUGAAACGGACGUAUUCGACAAAGUGUACGAAUUUUUAGAAUAGGACAAUAAUAUUAGUCCAUCGCAGAAUUCGCUAUAUAUCGCUUUAACACCACCUCCCGAUCUCAAAAUUACUUCGAUUUUAACACCACCUGUUUGGACGACCGAUGAUACCGUCACUUUAUCGUGGACAGUUAAAAACAUUGGAAGCGAAACACCCCGUUCACAGAUAUAUUGGACUGAUCUGUUGGUAUUGACAUCCGGAAGUAAUGAAAUAAUUGCGAGUCUGUUGAGGUUCCAUUUCGGUGGUUUGUCAGUGGACGAAACGUAUACUUCAACCGUAACGUUUUACGUUGUACCAGCGCUUCCAACUGACAAGUAUACACUGCACGUUACAACGGAUAUCAGAAACGAACUUUUCGAAUAUUCAA